ACCCCGAAGAUUUUGUCCUGUCAAAACGAGCACUAGAUUACAACCCCUCAAACUUCUGGAAAGUUGACGAGUUUCUCUUGAAAACCUCAUAGAGCUCCACGCUCGAUAAGUUUCAGCUGCAAUGCAUUAAUUUAUGCUUUCAUCACACGGAAACUUUGUUUUCCAGAAAGAGGUUGAAAGAAAAGGUGCAAAAAGUCAUACAAAAGUAUAUAUAUUACAAAGGAUGGGUUCCCAGAAAUUUCGAAAUCCAAGGGGUUAACUGGGGUUUGAAAAACAUAAGUACUAUUAUAAUUAUACGGUCCAAAGUUGCAUCUGGAGUUGUUCACUAGGGAAGGCCCCGUCUAAAGCAUCCAGUGCGGCAGAUCUCAAGGGAAGGAACAAUGACUCGGUCGCAACUCGCAAGUGAAAGCGGUCUUCUACAUUUACGCGGCAUGUUCGUUUGGCUGAAUAAUUUGAACACAGAAUACCAAUCACCUUACUAUUAGUUCAAUGAAAUUACGUAGCUUACAGAAACCAUAUAUACCCGAUUCCCUUAAUUAAUAGUUCCGUCAAACAAACGGAUCCGUGGUGAACUACCACGUUCGCGAACCUUCCCCGUACGAGCAUUGUCAUGCAAGCAUACAAAACUCUCCAAACAUUUCAGUGGUCUGGGUUCAAAGACCAACAACUAACCACUCCAUCUCACGUAGGGAGAAAAAAGAAAGGUUAAAAAGAUUCUUACAGCACUAUGCCAGGCCGUACAUCCUAUUAGAUACACAUGCAUUGCUUAUAGAUCGCAAAGCAUGCCUUCUUUUGCGCUAUCAAGCUCCUUAAAAGUCUCAACCCAUCUUAACUUCUUCUAUUCUAGUCCUCCACACACACACACACACACACUCCCAGAAGGCUUUUCUCUGGUCUCAAACACCACUCCCCAUCUCUCUCUUUCUCCCUAAAUCUCAUCUCCCCAUCAGAGUUUUCUAGAGAGAGAGAGAGGGUGAGAGAUGGGGGCUGAAGACUACUUACCAAAAAAGCAGCCACAUUACAAUCCAAAUACCAGGUACAAGUUCAAAAUGCUAGUCCUAGUGAUACUAACCAACCUCCUCACCAUGUACAUCUUCGCCGGCCCUUCCUCCUUCAACCUCCACCCUAUCUCCAAAUACACUCAGCACCUCUCUCUCCCUCUCUGGGAGCCCCCCACCGCGCUCCUCCACGAGCUCAAUGCCACCCAGCGCGAACUCACCCGCAGUCGCUCCGAGAUCGAAGAGCUGACCCAACAGCUCAAGUUCACCAAUCUAAUAGUAAAAGCGCUUGCGACGGAUCUCCCCCGCCUCCAGAAUUCUGUUUCCGCCAACCAGAUCACCAGUAACUCCUCCAUUCUUGACCACAUUAAUGGUCUUUCUCGCGAGAUAAAGCUCGCCAUUGGCCCCCACAAGCUCCCGCUCGGGUACUCGCCCCGGAUGGGGUCCGACGAGCUCUUCCCUCCCGUCGGAGGAGCUUGUUUGAAGUACAAAGACGAGUUAGCUCAGUACAUGGCGUAUACGAUCGGGGCAGAGUGCCCGGUGGACGACGUGUUUGCACAACAGCUCAUGCUCAAGGGGUGCGAGCCGCUCCCCAGGCGGCGGUGCCACCCGAAGGCGCCAGCCAAAUUCGUCAAUCCGAAGCCAUUGCCUGGCAGCCUCUGGGCGACCCCGCCCGACACGAGCAUCGUGUGGGACCCCUACACUUGCAAAAAUUACAAGUGCCUCGUUGACAGGAAAAACAAACCAGGGUACUAUGAUUGCAAGGACUGUUUCGACUUACAGGGGAGGGAGAAGGCCCGGUGGCUCUUUGACAAAGGCCUCGACUAUGGGGUCGACCAAGUUCUGAGCACGAAACCCCGUGGCACGAUCCGCAUCGGGCUUGACAUAGGCGGCGGGACCGGCACGUUCGCGGCGAGGAUGAAGGAAAGAAAUGUGACCAUCAUAACCACUUCCAUGAAUCUGGACGGGCCGUUCAACAGCUUCAUCUCCUCGCGAGGGCUGCUGUCCAUGCACCUGAGCAUAUCUCAGCGGCUUCCGUUUUUUGAGAACACCCUGGAUAUAGUGCACUCGAUGCAUGUGCUGAGUAACUGGAUCCCGGACAUGGUGCUUGAGUUCACCCUGUACGAUAUAUACAGGGUUCUGAGACCUGGAGGGCUGCUAUGGCUCGACCAUUUCUUCUGCUUGGGUCACCAGCUGAAUACGACAUACGUCCCGAUGCUGAAUAGAGCCGGGUUCAAGAGACUCAGGUGGAAUGCUGGUUUGAAGCUUGACCGAGGGGCGGAUAAGAACGAGUGGUACUUCUCGGCCCUGUUAGAGAAACCAAUGAGUUAGUAACUGAAAAUGAUAACGAAAUUCGCGUUACGGUUCUUGAUGCAAUGGACAACUAGCAUGCAUAAUGAUGAUUGAAUAGGUCAUAACUAUGAAUGGACACUCAGAUUAUUUA